CGCAUUUGCUGACUGUUUAUAAUCUGCGACGCCCCGUGGCAGGCCGUCUUACAAGACAGGAAGCUCGUGUUAGCCGGAAACGCGGACGGGUGACCCGACUGGGGUAAGCACUCCCGCUACGCCCAUCUUUGUCCAUUGUGAGGCGCAAAAACGACACGCACGACUGCGACUGCGACUGCGACAACGGCAAAAACAGACAUACUAUACGCCCGGCGUUGCGCGAAGCGCGUCCAUAUCAUAUCUCGUGUCUCGUGAAUAUUUUGGCACCGCUCAAAUUCGCUUCCUGCGAAAGGGGCCCUCCUUUCUCUUAUCUCUCUCUCUCCUGCUCUCUCCUCCAAUGCCCCGGUGCACGAUACCACAGCGACAGCGACGAUGGUGGCUAGCUGUACCGACUCAAUUGGCAUUAGCCGCCGUCUCUGUCGCGCUUCCGCUCGAGCCGCGCCAGGUCGAUCAUCAGCAGUCCCAGUCCAAUAAUGACACAAUGGACCGUGACAAUUCUCCUCCGAAUCUUGGUAACAACAUCUCACCAAAGGUUUGGGCCCCUGCAGUAGCCGUUGUACUCGUUCUCCUCGGCGUAUUCUGCUUUGUCUGGACGCGUACCAGUGUCGUGAGCCGUCUCCGAGGUGUGGCAGCCCGCGCCGGACAAAAUGGCACUUCUGCUACUAGGGAAGUGACUGCCUCGCAGCUUGCUGGUGGGACCACAACUAGCCGACGAACGGUGGGCACGCGUAAUCCUAGAACGGGCCGGCGAAAUCGGAGGACUCCAAGCCAGAUCAGCACGACAUCUCUACCAGUCUACAUGAAAGAGCCGGGCGAUCAAGAGCUUGUGAUUUUCCGCGGACCAGAGGCUUUGGAUGCGUCGGACGCCAUCGCCGAAGCACGGGAGGCAGAAGAUCAGGAUGAUGAACACGGGCACGACUCAGACUCGAUAGGGAUCCGAGAUUCGCAAGCUGGCAUGCUUGUACUGGAUCCCAAUCAUGAUCCACCUACUGCUGAACUUAGGCCUGAUGAAUCGGCCAUGAGUCUCGGUGUGGGCGGUGAAGAUGAUGGAAACAGUCUAGACCCUGACACUUCGACGACGGAACUCUUGCCUCGUGGUCAUCAUCAUCAACGGAACGACUCGGGCGAUACUUCUGAUAGUCGCUCGGUUCUGACGCGCCCCAUGUCUGAUGUACCCUCCGAUGCGCCGCCAGAUUACGACUUCGGAAAUCAUCAACGCGAUUCAACUUCCUCAGCGGGUAUCGAGCAUCCACCAGGACUUACGAACACUAGUGUCACUGACAGCUCCAACUCCAACGCAUCAGCAGAGCCGGAGCGGACAUCUUCCCCUCCUACCAGCGUUCCUCCAUCCUCCUCUCCGCUUCCAACGCAUCCUUCAACGCCCGAACCGGCGCGUAUAGCAGGCGGUCGGCGAUCUCGGCUCGCCUCACGCGUGUCGAAUCUUUUACAUCUUCGAAACGGGAGCAUUAACGAAAGCUCAGCCAGCCUUGCAGCCGACGCUGGUGCUGACGAAUCCGCACGCGUUUCAGUUGUCUCCGUUAGCGUUAGGCCUGCAGCGCCCAACGAGAUAUCACUGAAUGAAGCACCUGCGCCCCAAUCACCGACGUCGUCUUCCUAUCCUCCUGUCACCCAACAACAACAAUCCCGCCAUCGUCAUUCCUCCAGUUCCACAUCUACUCUUCCCAUCCCUUUCCGAACUCUCUCGCGUCAACGCUCCCGCUCCUCAACUGCACUCACUCGUCAACGCUCCAACGCUACUCUCAGCUCACACAACCCUGCUGCCUCGCGUUCCAAUGUUAACCUUACUUCCCCCUCCGCUCUCUCACUCUCACUAUCCCUCGCGCAGGGUGCGAACCCCAUUAGCCCUCCACUCUCACAUACUCUCGUCCGUACCGAAAUACGGUACCCACCUUCGGGACCGACACCCGAACAGGUGAAGUUCCUAAGUGCGAGAGAUGGAUUUGGGAGGUUCGGGUUGCCGUAUGGUGAUGAGGCCGUUGCACAUGCUCAAAGUUCGCGAUUAGAACUUCCGUUGGAGUCGCCACCACCUGCAUUCGAGAGUCCAAUAGAUGAGGUUGGGGCUAGCGCUGCUCGUGCCGCUAGGGAAAUUAAUGAGGCUAGGGAAAUUGGAAAUAAUAGGAGGAGCGAGGACGAACAUCACGACGAUGACGACGAUGGUGAUGAUCCAGAUGCCUUCAUUGGUGCAAGAGACACGGAGAAUAGCUCGUCGAUGCGGAGCCGGAGCGCUGAAGCUCUAGCUGCGGAGACGCGUAUACUCAUGCCGUUGUUCAUGUAGUAUUCGUGCUCCUCGUCGGAUCUGCUUAUUGUUUUGCAGAUGUUGAAUGUCGCCGUACACAACUUAUACGGCUGGUAUAUGGUCAUUCACGAACUACACAAUGCCUUCUCGGACCGUUGUAUAUGGCAUCUUUCUUUCUCUUUUCUUGUCGUCUAGAAGUACGACUUCCUUCAUUUGCUGUUACCACCUCAUCCCUUCGCUGUUCAUAUGUUUUUGCACAUUAAAGCUGUGACACCUGUUUUGCUGCGUAGUCCGAUCCUGUCCAUAUACUGUCUUUCUUGUUAUUCAGUUCCGUUUAACUGUCACUUUCCUCCCUUCUGCAUAGCAUAUCUCUUUCUCCCGCAUAACUCUCCUGCACAUUGUUCUCGGGUUUUCUUUCUCGUUUUCCACUCAACGAAACGAUUCAAACUGUCCUUCACUGGGUUUUCAUUUUAAAACAGAUUGACAUCGUUUAACUUCUAUGUACUUAUACGAAUAUUCAGUUCUUCUACGCGCACUUUAAUUUACUUCAUUCCUCAGUUCAUCCUGUUUUGAUAUGUGUUUGUUCUUGUUUCUCGUUUUUGUUUGGUUGUGUUUUGUAGUGUAGGUCGUAGAAUAUUGGUGUGGCACUUUGUUGAUUGGUAUCUCAUAUGUAAAUGGAUGGUAUUUC